AUGACUGCGGCUAUUUUUAAAGAUUGGUUCCACCGUUCAUUCAUACCUGAGGUUACAAAGUUUUUGAUGAAAAAGGGAUUCCCAAUAAAAGCUUUCCUUUUAAUUGAUAACACUCCAUCGCAUCCACCCGAGGAUGAACUAAUAACUGAAGACGGCAGCAUAUUAACAAUGUUUAUGCCACCAAAUGCCACCCCUCUUAUACAACCUAUGGAUCAAAAUAACAUCAGGAUUACGAAACUUUACUAUAGAAACAGUCUUUUGGCUUCUGUUGCUGCAAAGGGGUUUGAUUUGCUUGAGGCUCUAAAGCAAAGUACUCUUAAGGAAGCGAUUGUUACCUUAAAAUCUGCAUGGAGUAACGUAGAUGCUGUUGUGCUAUCGAAAUGCUGGAGCAAUGUCUUAAGUGUGGUAGAAAAUCAAGAGGAUCCCGAAGAUGACGUUCCUUUGAGUGUUCUUCGAAGCAACUUCAUUAUGAAUGUUGAAUUUACUGUUUUCAACGUUGGAGAAUGGAACGAUGAUGCUAUUGAAUGUAAUGACAAUGAAAUACAGAAAAUUUCCGACGAUGAUGAUGACUGUUCUGUGAAGCCGAAAGAGACGAUUACAUCAAAGGAAGCUAUUGACAUACUUAAUAAAACUUUGAAAUGGGCUGACAGCAUCAACACAGUCACCACCGUCGCCACCACAAUCGCCAUAUCGCCACCAACACAACAGCUACAGCAACAGCAACAGCAGCUGUUGCCUUCAUAG